AUGUCAGUGCUUGUUUUGAAAAAAGAUCUUGGGAAGGCCGUCCAAAUUGUCCAUAAAGUAACGUAUCUUGGUGGAACUGUUGGCGACCUCGAAUCCGCCUCACUCAUCGAAGCCAUGCGGCGGCUCCAGUCCCGCUUCAGCUACGAGGACUUUACCGGCCUUUCGUCGUACACGGCCCUGACCGCACCUGCGUGCCAUGAUAUGGUUGCUGCCGUCCGAGUCAGAGACCUCUACUUGGUGCCCGUGCUUCCUACGCUUCAAGACCAGAUGCUGGCGAGCCCAGAGGGAAGCCGGAUCGUCAAGGAGAGGCCGUGCGUCACCGUGAAGACCGUUGACAUGAACUACCUCGCAAUCCUUCCCCAGAAUCCAUUCGGGCGCACUUAUACGACCUGGCUGGAACGAUGCAACGUCACAUCUACCACCCACGAACCAGUGAUGCAGCUCUAUCGCGAAUCGCGCGACCUCUACCACUGCCUCGUUGAUUUCCUCGUCCACGUCACGUCCGAGCUCGCCGUCAAGUCGUUCGAAUUCACCAACCUCGGGCUGCCCAUGGCCGGCUUCGCCGCCGCGUCCGGGCACCUCUGCAUCAGCUCUGCGAAGCGGGCUUGGCUGCUCAGGGACACAUGGAGCCUGAUAAUGGUGUAUUGGGAGCAGGACAAGGACGAGCUGAAGAAGGAGCUCGGGUUGUGGGAUGCACCGGCUGCGAAAUGGCCCAAGCUGCGACCUCACGCGACGGAACAUGGAGUACCUUUUAGACAAAGCAAGAAAGCAGACGGACGGCGAACACAGAUCGAAGUUACCCGCCGCACAGCCGACGCAGCCCGGGAGGACGGCCCAGGAAGACUAUGCGGAAAUACAGAAUACAUCUUAAAAGCUUCCACUAUGUGUCCUAUCGAGCCGCAGGCACAGACGUACAGUCUGCUCGUCGUCAUCUCCUAUAUCUCCAUCAGCCGCCGCGGUGUGCAAUCUAUCGUCUCAUGGUCACAACUGCCGGCGGCGGUAGCGCACACCGGCACCGCUGCCCCGCGCUGCAGGAAGUCCCAUCCCACGGCCGCGUCUCCCAAGACCCUUCUACGCGCCUCCUCUCCAAGUUAGGCGCCCGCGCGCACCGCAUGCUCGGCCAUUGCAACAUACGCUCGCCGGCGCCGUCUGCUCUGCCAUGGUUGGGCCGACGGGCGGAAGUUCGCGGCUGCGCCGAGGGGUGCGCGUUCUGGUCCAGCCCUCACGCCGACCUGGCCGCCUGUAUGUGCCCUUGCGCUAUUCACAAGACGACUCUCUCUCUCGGCGACCAAUUGGGAGGCCUGUUCGCGCGUGUUCGAGCUCGUGGGCCUCUGGGAGGAGUCCCGCUCGACGAACGUCAUUGGUCUGCUCGGGGAGGCGCGUACAUCGAAGGCGGUCGUGGAUAGUCAACUUUACACGUUCGUCGGCCGCGCACGGAUGGCCGGCUGGGACAUAGGCGCAGGUUCUGGUGAGCUCGCGACGGCAUGGUUGCGAUCAUGGAGACGUUGGCAGGCGCACUGGAGGAGGACAAGUAAGGCUGAUGGGAUCCUUGACAUGGUUUGAGUGUCGCUGACGAUAUGAUAGACGUUGGCUUACGGUCUCUAGAUUUAUCCCAUGGCCUGCAUGUACCUGAUUGCACAUUACUCAAUACGAUAUGUUAUGAC